CUUCCAUGAGCUCUCUUCUCCUCUGUUUCAUGAUACUAAAAGGUCUAGAUAGCUAUUGAUCCCAUUUCUUCACAGAGAGCACACACACUUCUCUACAUCUUCUGCUUGUUUCUCUGCAUCUAUAAAGCUAAUAUCUUGAUAUGAAAUCCGAACCGCGUCGGAGGAGAAUAGCAGAGCUUUCUCUUAGAAUAUAUUAGAAGGAAUUCAGCUGCUGGUGCGCGAGGGUUUGGGAUUUUACCAGGGCUUUGUUUGAUGGUGUUUUGCUAUUGGUUCAAUUCGGUUUGAGAUACCUAAUUUUUGUGGGUUUUGGUUUCUGAAUGGGAAGCUCCAGUGAGGAGCCUAGCAAGGCCAUUGAUAUAUCUGUCGGCGGGUUGGUUUGGGUUCGAAGGAGAAACGGUUCGUGGUGGCCCGGUCGGAUUCUCGGCCCCGAGGAACUGCCCGAGGGGUGUGUGCCGACGCCCAGAUCAGGGACCCCUGUGAAGCUCCUUGGUAGAGAGGAUGCGAGUGUGGAUUGGUAUAAUCUAGAGAAGUCGAAACGGGUGAAAGCCUUUCGAUGCGGGGAGUAUGAUGAUUGCAUUGAGAAAGCAAAGGCAUCUACAACUCUACUUUCCAAAAAGGCAGUCAAAUAUGCUCGAAGAGAAGAUGCUAUCUUGCACGCACUUGAACUGGAGAGUGCUCGUCUUGGGAAAGACUACCAGGAAUCGGAAUUGCCUUCUGAACCAAUUUCACAAUCUGGGGAGCAACCUCAUCGUGUCGAGGGGGCUGAAGAUAUGGAUGAGAAUUUAAGUAUUUCCGCAGAUGAUCCAGAGUCAGCCCCAGAACCGUCACAUUCCGGGGUUUCAUUUGAGGAACCAUAUCAUGCAGGUGCAGUUAAGGAAGAGCCUAAGCGGCGGAGAACUCCGAACGAUUCAGAUGAUGGAAGCGAAGGAGUAAAGCGUAUGAGAGGACUUGAGGACCUGGGGAUGGGCGUGUCGUCGUCGACAAGGAGAAAGAGAUCUCAGGUUGCACAUGUUCAUGAAUUCCUGAAAAAGAGAAACCGCCGCCGCCCGCUAGCGAAAGUUCUGGAGUGUACGCCCAUGUUAUCUGCUCCUGUUGUUUCUGAUCAACACUCUAGUCCUGCUGGAUCUUCUGUUCCUGUAGCAUCUGAGAGCAAAGUUUCUGAAUUAGAAUCGAAUGAAUCGAAGAUAAGCAACACUCUUGCAAUGAAUAACAAUUCAGAUAGUACCUGCGAGAAUGUGAUGUCGUUGAGCACGCAUAUGCAUGCAGAUGCCUUCCUUGGAUCCAAACCGAAGGAGAGUGAAAUUUCCAGCAUGCUAGAGAUUCCAGAGAAUGUAUCUUCAAACGGGUUGUUCGAUGUGUCUCUUGUUGCUGAAGAAAAGCUAUCUGCAGGUUUGUCCACGACUGAUUGUGGUGCAUCAGAAAAGGCUCAGGUCGGUGCUGGAGCCCAGUCGAGCCAGAGUAGUCAUGUCGAGACUAUGUCUUUAGGAAAUGAGGAGCACAAUGAGACGGGUUCUACUAGUUCAGGCACCGCUGAUGUUCAUGCUGUUGGCCAGAGGAUAGAGAAAGGUACCUCGGAGUGGCAGCUGAAAGGGAAGAGGAAUUCUCGUUCGAGGAAGGUGGAUAUGGAUGAUGAGGCCGAUACACAUGUGACUGGUGUCAGACGGGAUGACUUUGCAGCCAGCUCUAGUCGGAAUGUGGACCCUAACCGGGUUGGUGGAUCCCUUAUAUCAGACAUACAGCUCGAAGACUUCCGUGGGUGGAGCCGGACCACUCACAAAGACUCUCAAACACGAGGAUCAACGGCUGAAAUGGCCGCGCCCCAGAGGCUGCUUCCCUAUCGUCAGUCUCGUUUGACAGUUAACCCGAAGUACGACUCCUCCGAUUUUUCGCUUGGGCACCAUACCGCAGGUUCUGGCUUGUGCGAUGUCAACGUGGAGGUGAAAUCCAGCCACCGGCCGGAGGGUGUCCCGUAUAUCUCUCUGAUGAGCAAAUUGCGGGGCCAGCCCAUCAUCGGCCACCCACUGUCGAUCGAGGUGUUGGACGACGGCUUUUGUGAUGAUAUACUCGGUAUUUCUGAAUGUUACAGCAGCAGCUCGGAGCUCCAAGGCAAACCGAGUAAUGCCUGCACUUUUCUUCUAAAUGACGACACGGCCUAUGACCGGAAGCCGCGCGGGAGGCCGCCCAACAAGCGGCGCUCGGGGACCAAACGUCAGAAAACGAGGAGGAACGGGCUCUUGUCGAAGAAGAUCAGGACGCUGUCUUCGUUAACAGGUGCUCACAGGCAAGGCCAAGUGCAGAAGAAGAAGCCGGCGGGAGAGAAGCUCAAGGGUCCUUCGAUAGCCUGUGUUCCGUUGAAUGUAGUUUUCAGUAGGAUCAAUGCAGCCUUGAACUGCUCUGCGCCUCAUCGGGCUGCAACGGGUAGUGCCUGAAGAUCAUCUCCUCUGAUCGGACAGACGGCUGGAGUGAGUCGCGGGAAGUGUACAGUGGCCGGAGUGGCGAGAUUAGGCUGCUUUGGCUGUGUAUAAUUAGCUUGAGGUGUUCAUCACUUUGCUAGAUGAAAUUGUAGACUGCUUUCAGAAUUUUGGAAUCAACUAACUUUUAAUAUUUGUUGAUUUCUGCAUUUGUUUUUGUAAA